AUGAGGAAUCUUCAGAAAUUGCAAUACAUAAUUUUGGUUUUUAAAAGUGUUAUUUGCCCAAAGGAUCCAGAAUUAAUUGGUGCUGAAGUUGCAAUACAUGGCGAUUUUGUUAAAGACAUUAGUUAUUCAGUUGAUAAUUUGGAUUUUAUUUUGGAAUGUUUAUCAAACAAUAAUUAUCAAAUAUUACAACCAAAAACAUUUUUUAAUGAUUCUGAUGGUUCUUUAUGGAUUGCAAGAAUUGCAGGCUCUGGUGGUUCAAUUGUCCACACUUUAAUACAAAAUAUUGAUUAUAACGGCCCUUUCCUUCCAGGAUUUAAAUUCUUACAAAAUUUCGAUUUUUGUUCGAAACUAUCGCCAAUUAAAUUUGACGGUAUUGACCAUGUUGUGGAAGCACAUCCAGAAGAUUUUUUAGAUAAAGUUGUUAGUUGGUAUGAGGAAAUACUUAAAAUGCGUAGAUUUUGGUCUAUUGAUGAUAAAAUAGUUAAGGCAGAAUUUAGUGCUUUACGUGCAAUUUUAAUAAAAAAUGAAAAUGUUGGAGAGGAAGAAAAAAAUAAAAAUUUAGUUCAAAUAGCCCUUGUUUCCCCAGUAAAUGUUAAUGGAAUAAAAAGAAGAGGGCAAGUUAAGGAAUUUCUUGAUUUUCAUGGCCAGCCAGGCAUUCAACAUAUCGCUUUUCACACAAAUAAUAUAAUUAAACAAGUAGAGGAAUUACAAAAAAGGGGAUUAGAAUUUCUUAAAAUUCCCUCUUGUUAUUAUGAUUUACUUGAAGAACGUUUAAAUAAAAAUUUAAAAAUUAAAGAAGAUUUAAAUAAAAUAAGAGAAUUGGGUAUUUUAAUGGAUUUUGAUGAAAAUGGUUAUUUAUUACAAAUAUUUACUAAACCUGUUCAGGAUAGAGCAACACUUUUCUUUGAAAUAAUACAAAGAAAUAAUUUUAAUGCAUUAUUUGCUGCUGUUGAAAUGGAACAAAAACAAAGGGAAGCAAAUUUGGUAAAAUUUGAAGGAAAAUAAAACUUUAAUUAAUUUAAAAAGGACUUUAAAAUUUAAUUCUUUUUUUUUUAAAUUUAAUCUUUCUUUUUAAUUUCUUUUUAAUUUCUAAAAAAUCUUUUUGAUAAAUCUUCUCUUCCCUUUAUUUAUCUCCUAAUUAUUAUGCCAAUUCUUUUUCUUCCUCUAAAUAUUUUUGUGUUUUUUGUUUGUUUUAUUAUUUAUUAUAAUAUCCUCCCCCUCCUCUCCCCCCUUCCUCCUAUUUUGGCUCAAUUUCUUCAAAGCUUUUUUUAUUUUUUUCCUGCCAUUCUCGUCUAUGUAUAUAUUUAUAUUUCUUUUAAAAAUGCCUUUAUAUUUUUGCUUUAUUCUGGUCUUUUAAAUAUUUUUUGUUCAUCGAUUUUAUUGAUAAAAUUUAAAUUAAAA